AACUUGCACUCUGACACUCGAACGCGCUGCUUGAUGAAUAACACUUUAUUCGACCAUGUCACGUUGUCGUUUGAUUUGCCGAUUUUUUUUUUCUUUCGAAUCGUUGUGUAAAAACUACACUGGCAUGGUGAUAAUAUCUCGUGCUUAAAUGAAGGAACAAAACAAACAUUUGAUUAAUAUUUCCUCCUUUUUUGUGUAUAUCUCUAAACCGUAUGGUUAGCCAUGAAAAACGAAAGGAGAGGGGAAAAAAAGGAACAAGUACACCCGCCAACAACUUCUUAUCUUAAUUAGCCUAAAUCCAUAAGCUUAAGCUUACGCUUCUUGAAUGCAGUAUACCUGAAAACCAACACUCCAAGUUGCAGCAAAACACAUUCCAUUUACCAGAGCUUUCCACAGUAGUUCUGUUUCUGUUGAUCACAACAAAAUGAAGGUCCAAGUAAUACCUGCACUACAAGACAAUUACAUGUAUCUCAUCAUUGAUGAGGAUACCAGAGAAGCAGCAGCUGUUGAUCCCGUACAUCCAAGCGAAAUCCUUAGAGCUGUUAAAGAGAGCGAUUGCAAAUUGACAAAAGUUUUGACUACUCACCAUCAUUGGGAUCACGCAGGUGGAAAUAAACAAAUAUGCUGUGAAGUUCCUGGCUUGCAAGUUUUUGGGGGAGAUGACAGGAUUGACUCAUUGACGUGUAAAGUUGAGCAUGGAAGUGUGAUUAAUAUGGGAUCUCUGAAGAUCGAGUGUUUGUUUACACCCUGUCACACUCUUGGACAUAUUUGCUACUUUGUUACAAAGAAUGGAACGCAGCCUGCUGUUUUUACUGGUGAUACUUUGUUCAGUGCUGGAUGUGGUAGAUUUUUUGAGGGAACUGCUAAACAAAUGCAUACAGCUCUCAACGGAAUUUUGGCUCAACUUCCAGAUGAAACAAAAGUGUAUUGUGGUCAUGAAUACACCGUUGACAAUCUUAAAUUCGCUCUGACAGUAGAGCCAAAAAAUAAUGCUACAAAGGAAAAAUUCGAGUGGGCUUGUUGCAGAAGACAGAAUAAUCUCCCAACGGUGCCUAGUUCGAUUAGCGAAGAAAAAUUAUUCAAUCCAUUUAUGAGAGUUUGUGAGCCAGAAAUCAAGGAGUACACCGAAAAAUGUGAUCCGGUUGAAGUUAUGGGUUGCUUGAGAUCCAGAAAGGAUGUCUUCAAAGCUUGAAAACGUUCGUAAAUUUAUGUAUGCAAGAUUUCUUUUAUACCGUGCAUGAACAUUCCAGCAGAAAUCAAGGUAUGACAUCCUCUGAAAUAUUUGUAUAUUACAACAGUUAUUGUCAAAAGGUAAAGUCUAAAUAGUCAGACUUUAAUAAAUAUAAAUUUAUUCAUCUUCAAA